AACAAAUGGCAGGCAGUGUUAUUGUUUUGUUGUCGUCCAUGUGUCUCCAUGUGUCUUCAAGGAGCUCGGAAUCCAGCUUUCUUGCAAUUAAACGGUGUUUUAUUUGCGUGAAUUAAGAUUAAAAUCGUUAAAAAUGUGUGCUUAAAUCAAACUAAUUAACUUUAAAACGAAUCAAGGACUUCGUGCACGUGUUCUCUAUCAUCAUGCCCAAAGCUAAAUCGAACCCGAAGAAACCAACUAAAAACAUUCGGAGCGUGUUAGCCCAGCCAUUCAAAAGUGUCUGGCCUCGAAUUCCGGACAAUGAUGUCGAGCGGUGCACGGAAUUACUUCAAGGCGUAGACAGUAAACACAUUAUUAGCGGCUGUAAUAACGUCAUCAAGUUGCUCGAAAAAGGUGAAGUUGCAGCGUGCUUUGUGCUGGACAGCUUCCACCCACAAAUGUUGGCCAAACUUAUCAUUCAGAUGGCCCGUAAGCGCAACCCCAAGGUGCUUGUACUAGCCCUACCCUCGUUUCCAAAAGGUUGUUACCGCAAUAGUGUGCUAAUGGCUAUCACAAAACCGAAAGUUAACGAUGGCCCAAACUUCGAGCCGGUGAAGGCUUUGCUGAAAUGGAUGAAAAAGGUAUCGAAAGCCAAUGGAUUUAUAGCAGAAAAUCCCAAGAAAAAGGUUGCACACAACCGGAACAAUCCAUUACCGAAAGUUAAGCCACCCAACGAUGAACCAAUGACCGAUGCGGAGGUAGCAAAGCUAUACGUUUUCGAACCAAGGGACGCAGAGGCGCAAGGAAAAAAGUCAAAAAAGCGUGUUGCAAAUGAAGCGGAACAUUUUAUUUCCUUUUCCGAUAACGCUAGCAGUAUUGUUGUGUCUAAAAACGAAUAUCAACAGCAAAAUAACGAACCUCGCAAGAAACCAGUCACCGAUCGGAAACCGUCCAAAGGAGAAUCGUACAUACCCCUGACCGUGAAUCGUGUUCAAGGCAACCCUAAUCGUGUCGAACAUAAGAAGAAAAGAAGAACGCAAUAAAAACAUACCCAAGCCCUCGAACGUUA